AUAACAGAACUUGCUAUUCCUUUGAGUUAACUUUGAACUUACUUGCUAACACCAGCCAACAACAAUGUCUUCAACUAAAGGUGGAUCUCAUGGACAUCAUGAACAACAUGAACAACAUCAGCAUCAAAAACAUCAUGAUCAGAAGUGCCAGGACCCAUGCAAACCAGUGCAGCAAUGUCAGGACCAAAAACCAAAGUGUCCUAAGCCUGAAUGCAAGCCAGUGCAGCAAUGUCAGGACCAAAAACCAAAGUGUCCUAAGCCUGAUCCUUGCCUCCCCUGCCCUCCUGAGCCAUGCCAGACCCAACAAAAAGGAUGUAAAAAAUAAAACCAUUGUAAAAGACUCAAAUGAAGCAAUACCAAGCAAACAAAUGAUUCAAAAUGUUAUGUUGUCUGUGUCUUGAUGUUCUGUGUAAAUCUGCAUAUUCAAUAAACUUGGUAAAAACAACAACAAAAAAAAAA